AUGCUCUGCCGCUGGGAGGAGAAGGACCCGCGCAGGUGCCUGAAGGAGGGCAGGGAGGUGAACAGGUGCGCGCUGGACUUCUUCAGGCAGAUCAAGCUGCACUGUGCUGAACCGUUCACCCAGUACUGGACCUGCAUUGACUGCAAUGACUUGCUGGACCUGCAGCACUGCCGGAAGCAACAGAAGGUCUUUGACGAUUGUGUGCUGGAGAAACUGGGCUGGGUGAGACCGGAGCUGGGGCAGCUGUCCAAGGUCACCAAAGUGAAGACGGAGCGGCCAGUCCCUGAGAAUCCUUAUCAUUCCCGGCCGAGACCACCGCCAAACCCACCCAUUGAAGGCGAGCUGGAGCCCGCCAAGCACGGCAGCCGGUUGUACUUCUGGAACUGGUGA